AUGGAUGGUACGUUGCAGCUAAGGGAUUAUUUUUAUGCAGGUUUUAAUAAUUAUUGUUUAAAUAAUUAUAAAAAUAUAGAAGAAGAAGAAGAAAAAAAGGAAGCAGAUGAAUACAUAUAUCAAAUAUAUAUGAUUAGUAAUAUAAAAAAGGAUUUUAUUUUAAGUUUAAAAUAUGAAAAAAAUGAAAAUUUAUAUUUAUUAUAUCUAUACUACAAAUAUUAUUACUUAAAUGAAAAAGAAGAUGUUUUAUCAGAAUUAAAAAAUUUAAAGAUUUCUUCAACAAAUGGGAAUAUUUUAAAAAGUAGAAUACUAUUUGAUAAUGAUUUAUUAGAUGAAUGUUUUGAUUUAUUGGAGGAUGGUACUGUUGAAGUAAAAGCAGCUAAAAUAUUUUUUUUGUUAAGUAUAAAUAGAAAUGAUUUAGUAAAAGAGAUAAUAAAUGAAUAUUUAAAGAUGAAUGAUGAAAUACCAAUAAUUAAAAUUGCUUUAGCUAUCUAUUAUUUAUAUAAUGAUAAUUAUAAAGAAUCUUUUUUAAUUUUUGAUGAUUUGGAAUCUUUAUAUUCAUCUGUUGUUAAUGAUUUUUCUACAAUUAUAUUAAAUGGUAAAAGUGUAUCUAAUAUUAUAAGUUAUGAGUUUAAUGAUGCUAAAGAAUAUUUGAAAAAUGCUAUAAAAAAUGAAAUAAAUAAUAGUGAUAUAUUAUAUAAUUUAAUUACUUGUUCUCUAUAUUUGUAUGAAUUAGAUGAAGCAGAAGAAUAUUUAAAAAAACUUUAUGAUUUUUUUCCAGUUCAUGAUAGUAUAAGUGUUUUAAGAAAAAUUGAUUAUGAAGUAGAUAAUUUUGUUUGUGAAUUCUAA